CCCAGCCCGUCAUGGCGGCGCCCGGGCGGCCGUUCGGCGGGCGGCUCCUCAGCGACCCCGCCCGCCUCUUCCAGCACAACGCCUGGGAUCACGUGGAAUGGUCAGAAGAGCAGGAAGCCAGUGCCAGGAGUAAAGUUGAAGACAACAGUUCCCAGCUGCUGCCACCAGACAAACAAGAGGAAUAUGAGGUGAAUGCUAAGAGGUACUGGGAUGACUUUUAUAAAAUCCAUGAAAAUGGCUUCUUCAAGGACAGGCACUGGCUGUUCACUGAAUUUCCUGAGCUGGCUCCAAACAGCAACCUGGGGCAAAAUGGGAAUUCUGUGCGUGAAUUUAGGAACAAAGAAGGAUCCAACGAUGGAGGGCUUGGAAGCUGUGAAAAUGGACACUGCUCGUUGGAAAGCAGGGCAGAGAAUGAGUUAAACCUGGUGAAGAGCACAGCUGAGAUGUGCACAGAGGAGCUGGUUCCACAGCAGUGCAGGGAGCUGAAGGAAAGGGAUGGAGAUUACCCGGGAUCGUCAGCAUCUUACCGGAUAUUGGAGGUUGGCUGUGGUGCUGGAAAUACAGUCUUCCCAAUCUUACAAACCAACAAUGACCCAGGCCUUUUUGUUUAUUGCUGUGAUUUUUCUACAACCGCCGUGGAUCUUGUCCAGACCAAUGCAGAGUAUGAUCCCUCUCGUUGCUUUGUGUUUGUCCAUGACCUGUGCAACGACCAGAGUCCUUUCCCAAUGCCAGCCCAGAGUCUUGACGUGGUCAUUCUUAUCUUUGUCCUCUCAGCUAUUCUCCCAGAGAAGAUGCAAGGCAUUGUGGACAGACUGAGUUGCCUCCUGAAGCCAGGAGGGAUGAUUUUGUUACGGGAUUACGGCCGAUAUGAUCUGGCCCAGCUCAGGUUUAAGAAAGGUCAAUGUCUCUCUGAUAACUUCUAUGUGAGAGGUGAUGGCACCAGAGUCUACUUCUUCACACAAGAUGAACUGGAUGAUCUCUUCACAAGAGCUGGGCUGCAGAAGAUCCAGAAUCUGGUAGAUCGGCGCCUGCAGGUGAACCGGGGGAAGCAGGUGACCAUGUACAGGGUGUGGAUCCAGUGCAAGUACCGCAAGCCCGAGGCCCCGCAGCUCUGAGGAGGGGAAAAGGGCACGUGCUUUGGAUGCCGGGUCCUCCUCCCAGCCCCGUGCACUGUCUCCUCCUGCUGGGGAGACUGCAUUCCUGUCCUACGGAGCUCAGCCCACACAGGACCUCCCUCAGUGCCUUUUACAGUGCCUAGCACCGUUUCAGGAGGGUUUUGUGAAGGACAAAUGUUCUGAGACCAAGCAGUAAUUUAGGUGACUUGCUCAUGGGCUGAGUUUUUUAAAUUUUGUAUGGUUUUAAGAUAAGAAAUGGCUGUGCUGUCUUCCAGCAGCUGAGCAAGCUGAGUAGUGAGUAUACUCUGGAUUUCCACAUGAAACAGGAGAGCUUCAGCCUUCCCUCUGUGGUGUACACUUGUCUUGGGAACAGAAACCAAGCAACUGAUAAAUCUGUUCUUCUUUGCAACUGGUCACUAGGCCUAACAUGGAUCCCUUCACCAGCUUAUCCCCUGCAGCUGCCUUCUGCUCAUUCAGGUUUGUGCAAAUCCACAAGUUAAAAUACAUUGCUCAAGGAUGUGACUGGAGAACGUGCUGGUUUCCCUCGGCCAGCUCCUCCAUGGAUGCCUCAUGUGGAGAUACCCUGUGGAGAAAGCAGAUGCUGCUGCCUCACCCUCACUGGCCACAAGAGUGUUCAUCUAAGGAGCUAGCACACUAUAGCCCAGGUGCUCUCAAUUCAUAUUGAACAGGGUUCAAGCUGUCAAAGAUUUGGGGUUGAUGCCAGUUUUGGGGGCACCUCCAGAGUGCAGAGAAUCCCACGCAGCUGGUGGGGUCAGAGUUUACAAAGAGUUACCUGCUUUAUCUGCUUGGAAAGUGAGAACUGUCCCUGCUGGCUGCAGCUCCCAAGCUGCACUGCCCUGCCUGUCCUGUGCUAACCCCCAGUUCAACAAGACACCUGGUUUUGGUAAGAAAUCUAAAGAAUCUCUGCCACUUCUGUUUAAUUUCUGAGAGGGAGCCAACACUGCAGCUUUCUGAAGGUAUUUCCCCACCUUUGACAGCAAAUAUCUUAUCUCAUCUUGAUUUCUUUUCUUAUUUUCAGGGUGUGGUGCAACAGGUAUUGGAAUAAAUGUUGUGGUCAUGCUUUUUA